GUUCUGUUUGAUGUGGUUAACAGGACUUUUCGGUGUUGGGGUCGUAUAUUCCAUGGGACAGUGGGAGUGUAUGGAGCACAUUGGCUUUUUACUUGUUAAGUUUCCAUGCCCCGCUCAGUUUUGGAGAGUAGGCUGUGGUUGAUGCAUCAACCAAUUCUUGAUCCACAGACUGAGAUUGCAACGCAACUGUGAGACUGAGAGAAGCGAGUCAUUGAGAAAUGUCGGUACCCAAAAAUCCAGCUUUGUUGGAGGAGCGAGAGGAAGAGGAGAGCUAUGGGACGGCAGAGUCCAUGGACCCCGAACUGUACAGAGCAACUACAGAAGGUGAUAUUCUUGAAUUCAUAAAAGCGAUGGAAAAUGGCACACUAGAUAGGCAAUAUUACUCAUCAGCCGGCUGUGUCCAACUAGGUCCUCAGAAAAACACAGUUCUUCAUAUUGCAACAGGCUCUAGACACUAUGAGAUCGUUAAGCUCCUUUGCAAGGACUUACCAUUCUAUGUUGCUGAAAAAAACUCUAAAGGCGACACUCCACUUCACAUCGCAGCAAGAGCAGGUGACUCGUUGCUUGUCACGCUACUGAUCAAUUGUGAUUGGAGAGAAGGUGCUUUGGAAUUGGUGAAUGAAGAGGGUAAUACUGCAUUGCAUGAGGCUUUAGGGCAUCGUCAUCCGAAGGUGGCUUGGAUUCUUAUCAAUAAGAAUCCAAGCGCAUGGUAUUCGGUUAAUAAGGAAGGGAAGUCUGUGCUGUAUCUGGCAGCAGAAGCUGGUUAUGUUGACCUUGUUAAGCUGCUUAUGGAUAAUCCUGUUGGGAAUUGUAGUGUCGAAGGGAGUUUCAGAAACAAGUCAGCAGUUCAUGCUGCUAUCCUUGGAAAGAACAUAGAUGUCCUAAGGGUAUUGUGGGAAAAGGACCAGUCCUCCUUCCACUUGAGAUGUGAUGAGGAGGGGAGAAAUGCACUUCACUUUUCUGCAUCUAUAGGUUUUCUUGAAGGGGUCAAGUUCUUGCUAAACAAUUUUUGCGCUGCCGCUUACCAAAGGGACAAAUACGGUCUCUUUCCUGUUCACACAGCAACGAGCAAAGGCCAUGUCGACAUAAUCCAAGGGAUGCUCCAGCACUGCCCUGAUUCAAGGGAACUGCUCACUUUACAAGGUCAGAAUAUCUUUCAUGUCGCAGCCAAGAGUGGAAAUGACAAAACAGUUAGUUCUAUGCUCAAAAUGCCUGAGCUGGAGAAACUGUUAAAUGAGAAGGAUGAUGAAGGAAACACGCCUUUACAUGUCGCCACCAUUUGUGGGCAUCCGAGGAUUGUUAGGGCUCUAACAGGGGAUGAGAGAGUCAUCCUAGAGCUUGGAAACGACGACGGGUUAACAGCGCUGGACAUUGCUGAGGAAUAUAUGGAAAGAAUGGCAUCAUUUCGAAAGCGGCUGACCUGGAUGGCCCUGAGAGUAGCUGGUGCUCCGCGAUCUCCACACGCAAAUGUUUCCAAAACUAAAAAACCCUCAAGUGCUGGGCAAAAUUCCGAGCUAGAAAAUUACAAGGACAAGGUCAAUGUUGUUCUACUGGUGGCAACACUAGUCGCAGCUGUAACUUUCACCGCUGGUUUCACUGUCCCUGGUGGCUACAACAAUUCCAACCCGGACCAAGGCAUGGCAACCAUGCUAGCAAAAGUGAAGUUUCAGGAAUUCGUGAUUUGCGAUACCGUAGCUAUGUACAGCUCCAUCAUAGUCACUGUCACACUCAUAUGGGCACAGUUGGGUGACCUCAGUUCGAUGCGUGUUGCCUUGAAAUUGGCGGUGCCACUUCUCGGUAUUGCACUUGCCAUGAUGUCCAUAGCUUUCAUGGCUGGUGUCUACCUUGUGGUGAGCAAACUCCAUUGGCUUGGAAAUAUUAUCCUGGUCAUGGGCACCAACGUUCUUAUCGUGCUCGCAUUACUCUUUGUGCCCCUCUGCUUUUUGGGUUCAUCCAACUGCGGUAUCUGUCGCCGACUGUCAUACUUUUCUUUUCGUCUCCUACUCUAUGCAUUUGGAAGCUACACCGACCGUGAUGAAAAGGAAGCCUAAGGAGGUUCGUUCGUGGCACAGGGUCCUCUGUCCGUAAUCUAUCCCAUCCUUUUGUUUCAAAUUUCUUCUCCCCCGCAGAAUCAGUGUUCAACAGCUGAUGGUGCAGUAGAGAAGGAACUUGAGGCAGAAGGACGGGGGAGAUUUCGACGUUUAUUUAUGUACAACCUGGCCUUGUGUUAUUUCUCUUGUGAAUAAUCUAGGUUGUGGAAUAAGUUUGUUGGGACCAAUGAAAUGUUGGUCCGAUGGUAUGUGGCUGGCGCAAAGACACUUCAGUAGAAUGAAGUCUCGGGAGAGUUUUAGACUCCUUGGGUGCAUGGGUUUGAUGGGGAGUUGUGUAAAAGGAUCAUUGUUAUUGCUAGUACUUGUGUGUGAAGUAGAAGGAAAAGGAGCAUGUAGAUGUGUAAUAAUGACAGUCGUGGAGAUCGAAGACAUUGUACAUGUUGUCAAAUAAGAUAUGGUGCUUCUUUGAA